AUGAAGAUCAAGCAUCGCAUCUAUUAUAUCACCCUUUUCUCCGUGGUGCUGCUCGGCCUCAUAGCAACAGGGAUGUUUCAGUUCUGGCCCCAUUCCAUUGAAUCCUCUGCAGACUGGACUAUGGACAAACGCAGUGUCCAUGAUGCUCCGCUGGUCAGGCUGUCGGUGUCCAGCCCCAUCCCGGAGAGAGGGGACCUCAGCUGUCGCAUGCACACCUGCUUUGAUGUGUACAGAUGUGGCUACAAUCCAAAAAACCGAAUCAAGGUUUACAUCUACCCUCUCCAGAGGUUUGUAGAUGAAGUUGGGGUCCCCAUCAGCAGCACAGGGCUGUCUCGAGAAUACAAUGAUCUUUUGAGUGCCAUCUCGGAUAGUGACUUUUACACUGAUGACGUCAGCAGAGCGUGUCUGUUCAUUCCUUCUAUUGACGUUCUCAAUCAGAAUUCAUUACGAGUCAGAGAGACGGCACAGGCUCUGGCGAUGCUUCCCAGGUGGGACAAAGGCAUGAACCAUCUGCUUUUCAACAUGUUGCCUGGAGGACCACCGGAUUACAACACAGCAUUGGAUGUGCCUCGAGAUAGGGCUUUGCUGGCUGGAGGUGGUUUCUCCACUUGGACCUACAGACAAGGAUAUGAUGUCAGUAUUCCAGUCUACAGCCCCAUUUCUGCAGAUGUUGAACUGCCUGAGAGACAACCAGGGCCGCGCCGCUUCUUCAUCCUGUCAUCCCAGACAGCAAUUCACAGAGAGUAUCGUGCAGAGCUUGAACGUCUUAAAGAGGAAAACGGAGAAGCGCUGCUGCUGCUGGACAAAUGCAGCAAUCUUUCCCAAGGAGCCGCCUCCGUCCGAAAACGAUGUUAUAAAGGACAAGUGUAUGACUACCCCCAGAUUCUACAGGAGUCUUCAUUUUGUGUCGUUCUUCGCGGCGCGCGGCUCGGACAAGCAGCUCUGAGCGAUGUCCUCCAGGCCGGAUGUGUACCUGUCAUCCUCGCGGACUCAUACAUACUGCCCUUUUCUGAGGUUCUUGACUGGAAAAGGGCAUCCGUAGUUAUUCCUGAGGAGAAGCUCUCGGAAAUGUACACCAUCUUGAAAAGUAUACCUCACAGACAAGUGGAAGAAAUGCAAAGACAGGCGCACUGGUUCUGGGAGGCUUACUUCAGUUCUAUGAAGGCAAUUGGUUUGACAACUCUACAGAUCAUCAAUGAUCGGAUUUACCCAUAUGCUGCGCGCUCAUAUGAACAAUGGAACAACCCACCUGUCGUGAAGUGGGCGAGUGUGAAUAGUCCUCUGUUCCUGCCACUGAUCCCACCACGUGCCCCUGGUUUCACCGCCGUUGUAUUGACCUACGACCGCGUGGAGAGUCUCUUCCGCGUCAUCACCGAAAUCUCCAAAGUUCCCAGUUUGGCCAAACUGCUGGUAGUGUGGAAUAACCAGAACAAGAGUCCACCUGAAGAGUCACUGUGGCCCAAGAUCGGGGUUCCACUGAAAGUGGUUCGCACCAAAGAGAACAAACUGAGCAACCGCUUUUUUCCAUAUGACGAGAUCGAAACAGAGGCUGUGUUGGCCAUUGAUGAUGACAUCAUCAUGCUGACGUCCGAUGAGCUGCAGUUUGGAUACGAGGUUUGGAGGGAGUUCCCCGACAGACUGGUUGGCUAUCCUGGGCGCCUGCAUCUCUGGGAUCAUGAAAUGGGCAAGUGGAAGUAUGAAUCUGAGUGGACCAAUGAGGUUUCUAUGGUGUUGACGGGAGCAGCAUUCUACCACAAGUACUUCAACUAUCUUUACACAUACAAGAUGCCUGGAGAUAUAAAGAAUUGGGUGGAUGCGCACAUGAACUGUGAGGACAUUGCCAUGAACUUCCUGGUGGCCAACAUCACCGGCAAAGCCCCCAUAAAGGUGACCCCCAGGAAAAAGUUUAAGUGUCCUGAAUGCACAGCCAUUGAUGGGUUGUCACUGGAUCAAACUCACAUGGUUGAGAGAUCCGAGUGCAUCAACAAGUUUGCCUCCGUUUUUGGCACAAUGCCUCUGAAGGUAGUGGAGCACCGCGCAGACCCAGUCCUCUACAAAGAUGACUUCCCUGAGAAGCUCAAGAGUUUUCCCAACAUCGGCAGCCUCUGA